AUAAUACUUCUUAUACUCCCAAAGUUUGGAUCAAUGUAGUCAACGUCACUGACCCACAACAGACUCAAGUUGAGGUUCCUUUGACACCUUACAGAAAUUUUACAUUCAGGGUUAUCACGGAAAACGAAUAUGGAAAAAGUGCUCCCAGCGUACAUACCUGGCCGCCAUGUUUGACACCUAUUGGCGUUCCUUACACGCGUCCUAAAGACUUAACACUCACGUCUGCAAAUGGUUAUUAUUACACAUUUAGGUGGGACCCUGUAGAUUUUUCACCAGAAAUGAUGGCGGGUCAAUUUAUGGGUUACAAGAUGAAAUACUGGGUAUCCGGGAAGAGAAUGACUACAGAGAAAAUUCAAAUGCUUCAUGGGUCGCUUACUGACUUUGGAGAUUUCAAUGAAGAGCGUGCGGGUUUGAAAUUGCUACCAUUUGACACAGAAAUGGCGGUUGAAGUUGUAGCAUUUAACGAUCACUUUGACUCACUACCUUCCAAUAUUGUGAGAUUUAGAACGCCAAAAGGAGCGGCUCCAUUUGCAACGAGUUAUCCGAUAGUGGAAGAAUGUGAUGCAAAUAAUUUAAAGGCAGUAAUCUCUUGGAGAGAUAGUCCACGGACCAUCACACCUGUAACGAAAUAUUAUGUGGAGUAUAACACGUCAUUUACUCCGAGUACUUGGACAAACGUUGUUAACGUAACAACUCAAGGUGUUACACGUGCAGAAAUACCGUUAUCAUAUUACGCUAAUUAUUCUUUUAGGGUUAUAGCGGAAAACGAGUUUGGUACAAGCGAGCCGAGUGCUUACUCAUUCCAAGCAUGCAUGAUUCCGACGAUGAACGUGCCAGAGAAAAAUCCUUCCAAUGUUCACACAGACACAAGCAAAUCACACUGGCUAAUAAUUAAAUGGGACGUAAUGCCUCAGAUUGAACACAACGGCGUGGGUUUUGGAUAUCUCCUUGGGUACCGAGACCAAUCUGGCAUGAAUGUUAUGAACCGUAUUGAGGACUGGACUCAAGAUGAGUAUAGGAUGCCAUACUAUGGAGUCUAUCAACCGGUUGAAAUUUUUGUGCAAGCAAGAAAUGCUUUUGGAGAUUGCACUGACCCAGUUAAAAUACACGAUGGACAUUCUGGAGAGGCUGUACCGAGAGUACAGCCACACAACUUCGAACUUGUCUCCCUGCAAGAGAACGCUGCAUGUUUCCAGUGGGAUCCGGUUUAUUUAUCUCCUGAAAUGAUGCAAGGGGAAUUCAAAAGUUACAAGAUUCGUAUCUGGAAGGCUGGUGAACGAGAUACAACGGAAAAUAUAUUUUUUGUGAACGACGAGAGCAUCAUCCCAUGCAGCAGUGAUUUUGAUGAAGCGUUGAAUGGCAACACCACAGAGACUAUGACAGAGACUGCAAAAAUUGUUAAUCUUCCAUUUGACACUGACCUCGAAGCUGAAGUUGUCGUUUCAAACAUCCAUUUUGACUCGGACCCCAGUAAUACUAUAAAGUUUAGUACACCUAAGGGAGGAAAUGGAGUUACACAAGGGGGAAUGUCGAAAAUAAUCAAAGCACUGAAUGUACUGCUCGGGAGGCUAUGACAGAAUGUUUCAGACUUCUAGUUUCUUUUCAUUUUGCUUAAAAUGUGCUUUUAUUUCAAUUAUAACCAAAAUAAGAAGAUAUGCACAUUGCGCUUUUUAUCCUUACUGUUGUGUUCAACCAUUCAUAUAUAUGGUUAAUAUGAUUGACUAUUCAUUUUGCUAAUAUACCAGAACAUUUCAUUGAGGUCUACAAUUGGACUGUUAAUCAUGCAAAUUUUGAAAAACCUAAACUGUCAAUAAUGAAUGACAUAUCAACAUGUAUGACGACUGUUCAUUAUAAGAUAACAAUAAUAUUUUACAACUGACGGUUCCUUAUCAAAAUAUUCAUAAAAACUUUAUGUCAUUUUAAUAUUAUUGAAUGAUAAUAACAACUGCAAGAUACGCAAAUGUUUUAUUGGACAUUAAAAAUUAUACACAUUUACAUGUACCAUAAUUGAGAUCAAUAAGAUACUGUCUUGUGAUAAGUAUUAUUAUUCAUGCUCUACGGACAGAAAGUUGUAUUCUCGAAUAAAAUAACAUUUCAGAAAAUUA